GUCAGUCCGACAUAGUUUCCAAUUGUUUUUGCCUGUUGGCUCGCGCACUUAUUCUUGACAUCAGGUUUUGUUCGCUCCUCGUCGGUGCAGCUGCAUUCUUUCCCGCUUCCACCCCCUGAACCCCAAGGAAACACCAGUACCUGUGCGUUAUUUAGGUGCGAGUGAGAGGCCAACAGCCAGACCGGCACUUGCCACGCUUGACUUGCAGCAGGUCUGCAGUCGACGCGGAAAUGCCACAAGGAGUUUCAGCUACUGCCGCCGAUAGCCAACAGUUCCAGUCCCGAUAAGGCGACGUUAGACUGGAAUACAGAGCUAGCUGGAAAGACAGAUAGCGACGGGGAGAGCGGAAAUAUUUGUUAUUCAAAUUCUGAAUAGAAUGACGAUGUGAUGGGCUCGUGCUCGUGUACGCGGCGACACUUUUUGCUGUCAAUAUGCUUCCUGCAAGUGAUUACCAUUAUCGAGCGCCAGGUAUUCGAUUUCCUCGGAUACAUGUGGGCGCCCAUCCUGGUGAACUUUUUCGACAUUCUGUUCAUCAUAUUCGGGUUCUACGGCGCCUACCACUUUCGCGUUAAAUACAUCAUCACCUAUCUAAUAUGGAACUUCCUGUGGAUCGGCUGGAACGCCUUCCUCAUUUGCUUCUACUUGAAUGUGGGGCAGCUGGACAGGAACAGUCAGUUGCUCAGCCUGGGCACUGGAGGUGUCUCCUGGUUCGAGGCGAACGGAUACGGCUGCAAGCCCACUUACAGCAUGACCGCGGAUGAUCUUCUCCUACCCCCGAGACCGGAGCACGUGGAGGGCUGUCUGCUGGACUACCCGCUGGUGGAGAUCGCCCACUCGGGGGUGCAGUGCGCCCUGGCGCUGCUCGGCAUACUCGGUGCGAUUCUGAUCAGUUGCAUAUUUCUUGAUGAGGACGACAGAUUCGAUUUCAUGAACGGCGACGCGAAGAGUCCACAGCACACCGUGGUGCACCCAAUGUACGUGAGCUAUACAAGUAUACCCACAACAUCCGCAAGCGCCACCAUGCAAUCAAACAAGCAUCUGCAACUGCAGCAGCAGCAGCCGCAGCAGAACUCACUGAAACUCUUUCAUCAUCAGCAACAACAGCAACCCAAACUACACCACUUCAACAAGAACAACCCGUUGAGCGGCAGCAACAAUAAUACACUCAACAAUAAUCUCCACCAGCGCUCGCCUUCGCUGCUGCCGACAAACACGACAAAUAACCACAGCGCAUCAUUCCAACCCCACAGUCACCCUUCGACCAACCAUCUAACCCAGCGCACAGGCGGCGAGGGGAGCAACUGCAGCAGCCUGCGCCGGCUCCGGCACGCCCAUUCCAAGGGCCCUGUUAGCCCCAGUCCCAUGUCGCCCCAGACCACGCCCUCGCUAUCGUACGCCUCGCUGCAAAACUCCAAUCCCUUCCUGGCCGGCAACUCGCUAAGCAACAGCAACUACAGCAUCUUCCAGAGCCCCGACUCCAUUCAGGGCAGCUCCCACUUCGCCCGCAUCCACCAUAAGCCCAAGCCGCCCAAGUCUGGCGUCCCUGUAUCGGGAGGAGUUGAUCCGAAUCCUGGCAUGGGCCUGUCCUCGCCCGUCCGUCCGCUCGAGCGCCUAUCCCGGAACCUCGAGGAGGACGAGGACAACUUUUCCCUGCAGCAGUUUGCUCCGGGCGAACAUGGCGUAACCUACGUCCCGUUUCAAAGUCCCACUCCGAACAGCCUCUUCCUGGGCGAUAAUAACAACGCCCAGCCCCACCUCGUCUUCCAUUCCAACUCUCGCUCUAGUCCCAACAACAACGCCUAUCCCUACGACCAAAAUGGUCUGCCCUCUCCGAUUCGUCUUGGGCCAAACACCAAUGCCCGCCGACCCACGCAUAUUCCCCUGCCCACGGUGCCCAUGCACAGCUGCCUGGAGAUGCAGUAUGACGAGGAUGCGGAUGGCGAGUCUGAGCUAGAUCACGAUCACGUGCUGACGCCUCCGCCCCCGCCGGUGGCACGACCCCACAUCCAUCAGCGCUUGGGGCAGGCGCCCUAUGUCGAUCUCUCGCCAGAGGUGGUGGAGCGCUAUGCAGUGCCCAGCAAGCUGGGAUCUGGCCCACCCGUUCAGGUCCCCCUUCCCGUCCCACAUGGCUCGCCUAUGGUGCGACGCAGUAAUCGCCGGCCUAGACCCCCGAUUCCCGUGAAUUUCUGCGACCAGAUUCGGGCUCCUCCGCCGGGAUAUGUAGUGCGCGCCCAGAGCGACGAUCGUCUGGUGGAGCAGGCGGAAGUUGAGGCUGCUCCGCAUGUGAAUCGGAGGAGUGGUCGCAGUGCCAACGGCCAAAAGUCCCGUCCCCGCUCAUUCUGCAACUCGAUAGUGGGCGUGCAGGCCUAGAUUAAUCCGACCCCAAGACUUAAGUACGUCCCGCUGCACUUGCUCAUCCUCUCUCUCUUACUGAAGCUCUCUGCCUAGGCAGGACGCCUGUUACUAACUCUACCAGGAUCACUCGAUCCACACACACACAACCCUUCAUACAUAUAUAUAGGUGUUGCUGUUUCUUUGUUGUGCCUAACCAGUCGGCUACACCUGGCUAAGAAUAGGGCCUAACCCUAGCUUCCCAUGUGAGCGUUUUACUAUUGGAUGAUGCCUUGCAGAGCUGACAUUAAUUAUGUAAAACUAAGUAAUCAUUCACAUACAUACGUGCAAACAGUAGACUUUCCCAGAAUUGUGAUAGAAGGCGUGGAAAGUCGAGACAGAAUGCAAAGCCUAACAAUUUUAUGUUGAUCUGUGAUAAACGAAAACAAACAUGAACGACAAAACGAUUAUUUAGAAAACGAAAAUGUCACAAAAAUAAUUAUCAAGCGGAGGAUAUGAAAAUUUGUUGAGAAUGCAAGCGAGAUAAAUAAAAUUUAGCGCCAAUUGCAACCAGAUGCCUUGGAUGAAUGUCGGAAUAGAGAUUAGAGUAUACAAGUUAUACAUAUAUACUGAUGUUAUGUGCGGGAGAGCGCAGCCUCCCUAAGAGCUGCCUUUUGUUGUUUAACUAAUAUACGAUAUACACACAUUUACCACAAACUUCGAAAUGUACUACGAUGCAAACGUUAGUUGUCGAACACAAACAAGAAGUUGCCUAUUGAGUUAAGUGCGAGAUCCGUUAUACAAACGUAAAGAUACAAAAUCUAUAAAACUGUUAAGUCUAGUAUUAAGCUUGAGGCCACACAAAUGCAUUAGCAGAGCAGAUCCAAAUCCAUGUAGCAUAGACACUAUUUACUGUUUAGAUAAAUCCUCGAUCUUGAUCUUUAGCCAUGCGAAUCGCGCUGACUGGUGCCAAUUCUCGACGAGAUUCGAAGCGUUUCCAAUAAAAUGUUCAUUUACACCAAACUGAGGGUUCUCUCUAUCUGUCUCGGAAGCCUUCUUCGUAGCCGAUCCAUCUAUCCUGCUAAGUUGUUUUUUCACUGGUAGCUGGCUUUCUGUAGCAUUUGUGGCUCUAACCAACCGCUAACUCUCGACUAUCUCCGAACG